GUUGCCAGGUCGAACGCAAGCCGAGACGCAGCCGUAGCUCAUGACGACCCGCGUUCGCCGAUCGUCGGCGGAGAUCGUGGCCGCGACCACGGAGCUCCGCCAUCGGAUGGAAGCGCGGAAGAAGACGGGGAAGAAGACGGGGAAGAAGGACGCAUCCAUGGAGGAAGCCAAGCGCGAGCUGGACAUGGACGAGCACAAGAAGUCAAUCCCCGAGCUCUGUGCAGACUUGCAGACGUCAGCGACAGAGGGCAUGGUGACGGCCACUGCUGACGAACGCCGCAAGAUCGAUGGGCUCAACAAGCUCACGCCACCACGGUCUACGCCCGAGAUCGUCAAGAUUUUCCGCGAGCUCACGGGCUUCUUCUCGCUCUUGCUAUGGGCGGGUGGCAUCCUCUGCAUCGUGUGCUAUGCCCUUGUCGGCGGCGAGCCCAACCUCUACCUUGGCAUUGUGCUCUUCUGCGUCGUGAUCAUUACCGGUCUUUUCUCGUACUCGCAGAACCGCAAAUCGUCCAACUUGAUGGAUUCGUUCAAGAACAUGAUGCCCACGAUCACGACGGUCAUCCGCGACGGCAAGUCGACCAAGUUGGAUGCAUCAUUACUUGUGAGCGGCGACGUCAUUGUCCUCAAGGGCGGCGACAAGGUACCAGCCGACAUUCGCAUUAUUGAAGGCUCGGACGAUUUGGCGGUUGACAACUCGUCGCUCACGGGCGAGCCCGAGCCGCUCAAGCGCAUCCCGGAUUGCACGCACGACAACCCGCUCGAGACCAAGAACAUGUGCUUUUUCGGUACCUUCAUUCCGCAAGGCUCCGGCAAGGGCAUUGUUGUGCGCACAGGUGAUCGCACUGUCAUGGGCCGCAUCGCCAAGCUCGCAACGGGCACAGCAAAGGAGCAGACGCCGAUCGCAAAGGAGAUCAACCACUUUGUGCACAUCAUCACAGCCGUCGCCGUGACAAUUGGCAUUGUCUUCCUCAUCAUCGGCUUCCUCAUUGGCCAAGAUGCGAUCACCAACAUCGUCUUCAUGAUCGGUAUCAUUGUCGCCAACGUACCAGAAGGUCUUCUUGCCACGCUGACGGUCUGCUUGUCGCUUGCUGCCGCUCGCAUGGCGCGCAAGAAUGUGCUCGUCAAGAAUCUCGAGGGCGUCGAGACGCUUGGUUCUACGAGCUGCAUUUGCUCCGACAAGACGGGCACGCUCACGCAAAACAUCAUGACGGUGGCCAGCGUCGUGUACGACAACCAGAUCUGGGAUGCAGAGUGCUCGCUGACGCCCGUCGGCAACUACAAGAUGGACAACGUCACGUUCCAGCGCCUCCAGCGCUGCGCCACUCUCUGCAACAACGCCGUCUUUGACGAAGAUUCGAAGUUUGAGCGGGUUGUCUCGGGCUCGGGCAGCGAUGUGACUGUGAGUCGCGGUCCACCCGUUGCCUUCUCGGACUUUACCGUGACCAAAGAAGGCCUGCGCGUGCCCCGCAUCCUUUGGGAGACGAUUGGUGAUGCGUCCGAGUCAGCCAUGAUCAAGUUUGUCCAAGACAAGCGCGACAUUAUCGACUACCGCAAUGAGAACGCCAAGAUCAAGGAGAUCCCGUUCAACUCGCGCAACAAGUACCAACUCUCUAUCCACAAGCAAGAGAACGACGAGUCCAAGCCAAUGCUUCUCGUGAUGAAGGGUGCCCCUGAGCGCAUCUCGGUGCGCUGCGCCAAGAUCAUGAUCAACGGCGAAGUCGUCGACAUGACGCCCGAGCGCCGCGCCGAAGUUGAGGCAUGCCAACUUUCCUUGUCCAAGAAGGGCAUGCGCGUGCUUGGGUUUGCCGAGAAGGAGCUGCCAUUGAGCGACUACCCCCACGGCUACGAGUUCAACACGGACAACUGCAACUUUUCGCUCGGUGAGACCGACGUCGAUUAUGAUGCUACGCCGACGCCCAACAAGCGCAUCGAAGAGCCGCUCUGCUUCAUUGGCCUCAUGGCUCUCAUUGACCCGCCGCGCACCGAAGUCCCGGGCGCCGUCGCCAAGUGCAAGAGCGCCGGCAUCAAGGUCAUCAUGGUCACGGGCGACCACCCGAUCACGGCCAAGGCGAUUGCGCACAAGGUGGGAAUUCUCUGGGGUCCAACAAAGGAAGAUCUUGAAGAAGAGAACGCCGAGAACGGUGUCGUCAAGGGGGACCCGGGCUGGAAGAACCCAGACCUUGCACCCGCGAUCGUCGUGCCUGGCUGGACGAUCAGCAUGGACACACCCGAGGAAGAGUGGGACCGCAUCUUGUCGCACCGUCAGUGUGUCUUUGCGCGCACGUCGCCGCAGCAGAAGCUCAUCAUCGUCGAAAACUGCCAACGUCGUGGCGAGAUCGUGGCCGUGACGGGCGAUGGCGUGAACGACUCGCCAGCGCUCAAGAAGGCCGACAUUGGUAUUGCGAUGGGCAUCAUGGGCUCGGAAGUCUCGAAAGAAGCGGCCGACAUGAUCCUCCUCGACGACAACUUUGCGUCCAUCGUGUACGGCGUCGAAGAAGGCCGCAAGGUCUUUGACAACCUCAAGAAGAGUAUCUGCUAUGCGCUGGCCGUCAACAUCCCGGAGCUCAUUCCGUUCCUGACGUACGUGCUCAUUGCCAUCCCGUGCCCGCUCACAACGAUCCUCAUGCUCCUCAUUUGCCUUGGCACGGACUUGAUCCCUGCGAUUGCGCUGGCGUACGAGGAGGCCGAGAACGACAUCAUGCUGCGGUCUCCACGCCGCCCCAACAUUGACCGUCUCGUGACCAAGAAGCUCAUUUGGGUCGCCUACGGUCACAUUGGCAUGGUCCAAGCCUUUGGGGGUCACGCCAUCUACUUCAUCGUACUCAACGACUAUGGCUACCCGGCCAACCAACUGCCGGGUCUUGGCCAGAUCGACAGCUUUGGGAAGCAAGUGCUGUGGUGCAAGACCAAGAAGGGCGAGUACUGUACGCCGGGUGGGUACUACAGAGACGGCAGUGACAAACAACAACCACUGGGCCUGAGCGCGGACCCCAUCUGUGGCCCCAUGUACGACGACACGAUUCCCACCGGUGGGAAGGCUGUCGAUGCUCGAGUUUUUUGGCGCCCGGCGCUGGAUGGCUCGAUUGAGGACUGCGUCUUCCCGUACGCUAACUUCAAAGGCAGCGACAGCUCCCCAAGCAGCUACAACUACAUCGAUCCCAAGACGUUUGGGACGUACACCAACGGCUUGCCCAUGAUCACGGUGCAGUCGAUGGAGGCCGCAUGGAAUGCCGGCUACCGCCCAUACUACCCGUAUGCUGCUCGCCGGUCGGCCUUCUUCAAGUCGCAGUUCUUCUCGUGGGACCCGACGAACGGUGAAGUCGACGGCUUUGGCGACAAGAUCGAGAAAGGCUUGAUCUUCGGCUUCCAGCCCAUUGGCGUGUGGAGCAUCACCAACGCCGAAACGGCGGGUGGCGAAGUGGCAACAUCGGCGCGCCCCCGUGCGGUCUUUAACGGCCCCAAGGUGACCCUCACCGACUCGUCGGCCAAAUUGACGCCGUCGACGCAAGUGACAUUGUCCGACUCCAACAUGUACAAAAACGCAGUCGCAGACUGGAUGAUCACGGAUGCGACGGGCCAACCGUACUGCGACGGCGAGCAAUGCCUCUUGGACUACCGAGCUGGUUUCACGCGCAAGACGGCCAACGGCGUGCAGGUCAACGUCAUGUCGCGUCGCCUCUGCAUGAUGGCUCUCCUCAAAGCGCAGACGGCGUACUUUGUGACAGUCGUCGUCAUGCAGUGGGCCAACGUGCUCAACUGCAAGACGCGGUUCCUCUCGAUCCGCUCGCAGGGCAUGCGCAACUCGGUGCUUCUCUUUGGCCUCGGCUUUGAGUUCCUCCUCUGCGCGUGCACGUGCUACUCGUCGUUUUUCCAAAUGAUCUUCACGACGACGGGCAUCCGCCUCACGCACUGGUUUGGUGGUAUGCCCGUCGCCAUGUUCCUCUUUACGUAUGACGAAAUGCGCAAGUACCUCCUCCGCUCGACGUCGACCGUCUAUGUCGACAAGCAAACGGGCAAGUCGAACCGGAUUCCCGGCUGGGUCGAGCGCAACUCGUACUAUUAGACGACGACGCGCUGCGUAUCGGUUUACAUUUCUCCAAAUACAAUACACACUGCUGAAUGUUAC